AUGGAAGCGAGUCCCAUCGUGAUGUCCAAGCAGCGAGAGGAGGUGGUACAUGGGGUCCCAACGGAGGUGGUGUGCACGGCGUUCUCCAACUCUGUCCUUGUAGUAGUCACGCAGUAUGGCAAGAUGGGGACAAUCGUCUACGUGGACCCCAACACAAUCAGCGACAACGUGGGCAGGCCCUCGCUCACCACAAAGGUGCUACUGGGCAAGGAUGAGCCCCUCGUUCAUGUUUGUGCCAAAAACCUGGUGGCGUUCGUGUCUCAGGAAGCUGGGAACAAACCUGUUCUUCUCGCCAUGGCUUUAAAGGACAAGACCGUGGAAGGAAUACAAGCUCUACGGGAAGUGAUCCGAAGUUGCCAAGUGUGGUGAAGUUGUGCCAUCUGGAUUCAAGGAAAUCAUCUUGAGUCCAUGACUCAUCACCACUUAUUUGAAAGGACAAGAAAUGAAAAUGAUGGAAUGUCUUUGUGCUGGUUUUGGACGUACUGAGGAAUUUCAUGAAUUUUUCUCUACUGUGUAGAACAUUUGUGGGUUUUGUUACUGUGACAGGUUUGCAGUCCAUAUAGUCAGUGAUGAGAGGAGAACAAUUGUCUCAACAUACAAGAGGAGUAUUAUUUUUAUCACAUUGGGUGGGAUGUAUAUUUGGGAAACAGCAUGGCUCUGCAUUUGUGUCCUGAGGAGCGAUAGAUGCCAAGCUCUGUAGCUAUGCUGUACCACAAAGGGGCAACGCCCAGUGCAGAGUGAAUAAAAGAAACAUUGACAAAUCUAA